CGUGAAGCUCAUCUUUCUUUCCUUCCUUCUUCCAGGAAAAGACACGAUUCCCCGAGAAAUUACCGGCUAAAACAACCUCAUUUAUCGCAUCAAAUCCACAUUUCCUUCCAGCUGUCUUUUCUCUUUUCCUGGUUUUGGACUCAUUUGGAACUCACCCGAUGGUUGAUCAUUGGAAAUUGAAUUUUAAUCACUGGUACUUGAUUCCGAAAGGUUGGAAGGUGAUGCCUUUGUUCGGGAACAUUCAUCACAAUCCAGAAUAUUUCAGUGAUCCUCAGAAAUUUGAUCCUACAAGAUUUGAGGUUGCAACAAAACCUAAUAUGCCAUUUGGUAGUGGACAACAUGCCUGUCCAGGCAAUGAACUUGCCAAGUUGGAGAUUGAUCCACCAUUUGAUUAUAAAGGAUGAGUACUUGAAUUAUGCUGCAGAUCUCAUAAGUCAUAAAUCUAUUAACAAUUAAGCAUGUAACAGCUAGGAAAUAAAAGGAAAAUUGUCUAUGUAUAUUAAUUUUGCCUUUUCAAUUCUGUAACCGUUAGGUAGUAUAUCCUUAACUUAAGCUUCCCUUGUCAA